UUUGUGAUUCUUCUACAAACAGCAGUAGAGAAUAAAGGCUCGCCGCCCACAUGGCCUUAUGGUAAAUAUACCCUUCUCAAGCCCAGGACAGGAUGUCCUGCAGGAUGGGAUGACAUGGGAUAUCUUUACCAAGACACAAUGAAUAAAAACCCAAGUAAUAACAGAUCACAAACUUUACACAUUGAUGGAGAAGUAGCUCGUAGCCACGUGAAAAGAUAUUUUUGCAGCAAGACAGAAAGAAUGGGCAAAAAUAUCACCCAAGUUUGGCCAUUAGGAAAAUAUUGUGUAUACACUCACAAAAGCAAGACGUUGCAUGACAUGACAAGUGGGUCGAUUGCUAUGUAUGACAGGGGAAAUAACUACGACAAAGAUCAAUCUAAAUUUACAAAAUUCUUUGAGUUUCUUAAAAAGAAGAUAUUCGGAUCAUACGAAGUCACGAGGUUGUAUUUUUCCUGUCAAACAAGUGGUGACAAAAAGAUUCCAAUCUCGUUACCGAUAACCAAACCCUUUUAUCUGCUGCCUUAUGGGUCACGUGACUGUCAACAAGUCAAAUGGAUGGUAGCUACAACUGAAUGGAUCAAGUACCACACACGGAACUAUAUCACAAAACGCGAUAAACAGACGGAUGGAACAGUGCCAUAUCAUGAACUUGGUGGGAUUUAUGACAAAGGAAUCACCAUGUUUUAUUGCUUUUAUGAAAGUUGCAAGUAUACCCUGACAGAAAAGGAAGGCACUUUCAAGUCCCCUGGAUUCCCUGGUAAAUACCCGGAUGGACAGCUGUGCUCGUGGAGGAUCAUGGUCCCUGAUAAUCAUACCCUGCAUGUUCACUUCACUAACUUCUCUUUGCGUGAAAGCGACUCUUUGAAAUAUUCUAAAAGCAUCAAUGGCAGUUUUAGAUCACGGCAUGCGAUUCCCCUUAAUACCAAGGUACCCUUUACAUUGUCAGCAAACAGUGAUGUACGGUUCGUCUUUCGUUCGGAUGAAUCAAAUAACAGCUCCGGAUUCAGAGCAGAAUAUCGUGUGUCCAUACCACAAGUGCCUGUCACAACACCAUUAACGGCUUCCUCAACGCCUAACCCAAAAUCAAGUGCCAUCGAGAUAAUUACGAAAACAUCAACACCACAACUAAGAUUUCAAGAUGACAAGUCUAAUGCAGAAUCCUUGAAAGAUUCAUCUUUCAGCAGUGGAAAGAAAGGAAUCGUUAUCAUCGUGAUACCUGCAGUUUGUUUKCUGAUUGGAGUUGUUCUUCUCAUCAUDAUCAUAUAUCAGUGCAGGAUCAGAAGAACAAGAAGCC